AAAAACUUUUCGAAUUCCGAACGCAUGGGUACCGAGCGAUUAGUUCAAAGGUCACAAGCGCCGUGACUCAUUUCACGAGAAUUUAAUAUUAAUGACGAACGCCGAUAAGUUGUAAUUUACGUAACGAGAAAAACGAGUUACUGUCUUUUCGUAAUAGUGAAAGUAGCAUUCGUACUUCAUUUGCGGGCUUCGGUCAGUUUGGCGGCAAACAGCAACAUUGACAGUUUGAUAUUUAUUUUGAUUCCAAAUAUUAUUCAAAUUGAUCUUUCAAACGUAAAAUGUUUUGUAGAUAAACUAUCAUUAAAUUCUGGUGUUCAAAAUGGUGUUAAUAUUAUUCUCAUUUGGAUUUUUGCUUUCUUUUGGGUCAUGCGCGUUGAUCAUACCUGAGGAACUGCCAUCGCUACUAUCUGUGGCUUAUUCGAAUAUACCACCAAUCAAGAAAGGCACCGACUCGAGAGUAGGUUUUGGCUUUGCCUUCGGCAACCAUGCCGAUUUCCAAGUAAUGUUCGAACUUGGGCCGCAAACGAACACUAUGAACCUGACUGGCCAACCCUUCUCAUCAUCUAAUAAUGCCAAGAGACAUGCGCCAGCCUCGCCUAAUGGCAAAAUAAACAAAAACAAGGAAAAGUAUCUACAAUCGGACGCAAGCAAAUACCUCCAAGGUUGGGCGCAGAAAAUGAAGCAUCCCCAAAAGCAAAUUCCCGUGAGGACGCCGGCUCCUAAGCCCGGAGAAGUGCCCAACCUGGAGGACUCUAUGGUGGAACUGGUCAAGAAUGAUAAAGGAGAGUACGAGAUAAAGCAACCUAACCCAGGAAAUAUGCCGCAGAACGUAUUAGAUACUUUAAUGGUCUUAUAUGGGCAGAAGAGAGAUGAAGCCAAAAAGCUAGCAGGCAACAGGACAAAAGAAGAAAUCAAGAAGAUCACGGAAGACUUGUCGAAUGUGGACUUAGAUUAAACCUGUACUGAUUAUUAGCGCGUUCUGAAGUUGUUGCCUUUAUAUCCCGAAAAUAAAAAGAACAAUCCUGGAAUACCGGGUCCAAUCCUAAAUCCACCCAGAUACCAUUUAAUAAACAACAAAAAACCCAUCAAAAUUACUCCACCUGUUCAAAAGUUCAGUGGCAAAAAAUCGUAAACAAUAAUCCAUGUUUGCGUCGUAAUCUUCAAACAUCCAGUGUUUAGUGCGUGCAAUACCGUCUUUACCAUAAGGGCACACGGGGCCCGUGCCCAGGGCCCCCAUUCUCAGGGGGCCCCUAAGGACCGACAAUUUCUCUCACACAUUUAUUCGGUUUCCGUUAUCGUGAUCGUAACCAAAAAACCAGCAGCAUUCUAAUUUCAUUAAUGACAUAUUAUAUCAUACCGUAUUUGAUUACCUAUAAUAAUUGGUCAUACUCAGUAAAAAAAUAUUAUUAUAAUUCUUUUUUUUUUUUUUUUUUUUUUUUAUUGCUUAGAUGGGUGGACGAGCUCACAGCCCACCUGGUGUUAAGUGGUUACUGGAGCCCAUAGACAUCUACAACGUAAAUGCGCCACCCACCUUGAGAUAUAAGUUCUAAGGUCUCAGUAUAGUUACAACGGCUACCCCACCCUUCAAACCGAAACGCAUUACUGCUUCACGGCAGAAAUAGGCAGGGCGGUGGUACCUACCCGUGCGGACUCACAAUAGGUCCUACCACCAGUGAUUACGCAAAUUAUAAUUUUGCGGGUUUGAUUUUUAUUACACGAUGUUAUUCCUUCACCGUGGAAGUCAAUCGUGAACAUUUGUUAAGUACGUAUUUCAUUCGAAAAAUUUGGUAGCCGCCUGCGGGAUUCGAACACCGGUGCAUCGCAACAACGAAUGCACCGGACGUCUUAUCCUUUAGGCCACGACGACUUGAAUUCGCUUUUUUUACUUUCCAAAAGGGCCUCAAAUUCUUUAUUUUUAAUUUUUUUUUAUUGCCCUUGUAGGCAGACGAGCAUAUGGCCCACCUGAUGGUGAGUGGUUACCGUCGCCCAUGGACUUCAGCAAUGCCAGGGGCAGAGCCAAGCCGCUGCCUUAUGUGCCCAAGGGCCCCAGCCUAAUUUAAGACGUCCCUGAGUGCGAGUUUUUUAACGUUCUCGAUAGCGUAAAAGUUAACUCAAAUUUGUAUGGAGUUGGAACAGCGCCCCUAGCGGCAAUCGAACGAUCGAGAAAUUAGAAAACUCGCACUAAGCACCCAAAAAUCUGGGAAAGUAUAGGCCUUUUGUCCCACAGCUGGGCACAAGUCUUCUGAAAACGCGAUGCAAAGUUUAUGGGUGCGGCUCAUUACAUAUAUAAAUGUUUUAAUUUAUUGCUUAUAUGGAUGGACGAGCUCACGGCCCACCUGGUGUUAAGUGGUUACUGGCGCUUAUAGACAUCUACAACGUAAAUGCCGCCACCCACCUUGAGACAAGAGUUCUAAGGUGUCACCUUAUAUAACAACAAUAACAACAAUACAUAUACAACAAUACAUAACAAUAAUAACAAUAUUCAAAAAGUAUUUCAAACUAUUCGAUUACUAUCGGCUGUGAUAGAAAGACGUCCGUAAUCUUGAAUUUUAUUUAUUGCUCACACGGGUGGACCUAUCCAGGACCCACCUGAUGUUAAGAACAGGUUCUGUGCAGCUUUCGUUCAGGGGAUAACCGUGACCUUGCUUAAAAAUUAAUAAUAUUAGAAACUACAAUAUGAAAUGCAUACUUAAAUUAAUGCUAAGUUAACAAUAUUGGUAUUUAGGGCAUUGUGGCGUCAACGUUUUUAAUAAAAUAUUUACUUAGCAAAUGUUAACGAAUUAUUUCCACGACGCAAGAAUAGCAUCUUGUAAUAGAAAAUAAAAUCUUGCAGAAACUAUGACUUGCGUAAUUAAUAGUAAAGACGUCUUGUGAGUCCGCGCGGGUAGGUACCACCUCCCUGCCUAUUUCUACCGUGAAGCAGUAAUGCGUUUCGGUUUGAAAGGCGAAGUAGCUACGGUAUUAUGUCUGAUUAAAACAUUAUUAUGGUUCUAUUGUCAAAGACUUGUAUAAUCAUAGAUUUUGCCAAGACUACACUAUAGACAAAAUAUUAAUAAAGACAAACAAUAUUUAAUCUAUUCUCAAUUUGACCACAGACUUUAAACAAUAAUAAAAGUUUGACAAUAAACAAAUAGUAUGCUUGCGUGUGUGUGUCAAAUACAUGGUAGUGUGUGUAAUGUUUUUUUUAUAUAAUGUAUUUUUUAAGCAUAAUUUAAAAAAAUAUUAAAAUUCUGCACUCCUCUAUAUUCUCUAUAAGUGUGGGAAACUUCAUGCUCCUCCGUUCGCGCAUUUUUCGUAAAAAGGGAUACAAAGUUUUUGCUUUGCGUAUUAAUAUAUAGAUACACGUUUAAAUAUACCUAUACAUAAUAAAGGCCCAGACGAAAAGCAAACUGACCUGUGGGAAUCGAACCCGCGACCCUCGUCGCUACAAUCAGAGGCGCUACUACCGUACCACCGAGUCAGUCAGUCCCGGAUAACCAGUUCAAGCCCGGGUGAUCCGUGAGCGAGUUCACCAAAUCCGGUUUUCAAUUUGUAUCAGUUACAAUGCGUCCUGCAUUUUUAUUUAGCGAAUCUGACUCCACACGUCGCUUCUGUAUUCACUGUAAGCUUUUUACCAGGAGCUAUCCUAUCCUCGUCCUGCGCAACUUCACUUAGUUACCAAGAGUCCAAAAUUAGACUAAUUAAAUGUAACAUAAACGAUUCUUUUUUUAUAAUUUUUGUAUGAAAAAAUCGAAAUAAAUGUUUCAAAAUUAAA